AACACUGACCAACACGCAACAUUAAUAUUGACAGUUGUUAAGUUGCGUCUUUCUCACCAAUCUUUCACUUGCGAAGCUCUGAUGUGAUCUCAUGAUCCCCCAAAAUUGACCUCGGAGAAAACACGCUGAUUUAACAAACUUCGAAGCCUCGCAUACCUCGCGUCCUCAGCAUGAUUCAUGAUUGACAUGUGCACAGACUCCACAAUGUGACCAUAGCCACACAUAUCCUCGACCCGCGCUCAUCGGUCAUGAGGCUCAGUAGAAGGCGGCCCAUCGGAUCGUAUUUGAUCGUCCCGGUCCUCCUCGACCGUGUAUAUAUGAUCUCAGAGUUGCAUUCUAGGAUUUACCAGAACUAUCAAGACGCCCCUCAUGUCGCGGUUUAUGAUGUGGGGUGCCCACCUCAUCAUGCUCGUCGCUCCCAUUGUUUCGGCAAUAGAGGUUACAAUCCCUCUCACUGCGCCCUCGGGUGCAGCAUCGCUUAUGGGCAACCUCGUUUCGCUUUCAAUCGAGCAAGAUAGAUGGACAGAUUGGGCAGGGACGACAGAGCCAAAUACCUUCUUCAACAACGUCCUUGAUAACUUUGUCCAAAUCACGAAUACUCCUCCCUUCGUGAGAAUAGGUGCUGACUCUGAAGACCACACUGAUUUCAGCUAUGAUGUCGAGUACGAAGAAGAUAUUUUCCCUGCUUCGACCGCCAUCACACCAUACCCAGAAGCCACUAAUAUCACUGUUGGGCAAGGCUUUUAUGACAUCAUCUCUCAUCUUCCAAACGGGACGCAAGUUCACUGGGGCGUGAACUUGAGGGAAUACAACCUCACAGCAGCCUACCUCGAAACUGUUGCACUCAUGAACGCAUUUUCUUCCCCUGCCGUUGUGGAGAAAAACAUCACACUGAAGUUCAUCGAAGUCGGCAACGAGGCUGAUCUCUACCGUAAUAACAAGGGUCGUAAUAGCAGCUGGAAUGUACAAGAAUAUGUCUCUGAGUGGGAGGAGUUUGCGUAUAACGUAUCCAUAACAGCCAACCUCUCUGAUUCAUCAUACACAAAACUGAUCGGUGCAGCCUUCGCUGAAUCUUCUCACAACAACCUAAGCGGCUUUUCUCCUCAAGCUAUAUUUAACCUCGGCAUCCUUGAAUCUCCUGCAGGGCAACUAGUCGAGACUAUUUCGCAGCACCACUACAGUGGCUCGUUUUGUACUGGCGGCGGAGCCGUACUGCAAGAUUUGAUGACCAAGAGUUAUAUCCGUGGCAAUGUCUCCGAAUUUAGUUCUGAUGUUGAAGCAACCUUGGCCAAGGGGCUGAACUACAUCCUCGGGGAGACAAACAGUAUGAGUUGCCACGGUGCACCUAAUGUCAGCAAUACAGCCGGCGCCGCCCUCUGGUUACUCGACUACACUUUGUAUGCCACACAAGUUGGUAUCAGUCGCAUACACUUCCACGAGGGUAUUGGAUACAAGUACAAUUUGAUUCAACCCGUGACGCUAAACUAUUCAAUCCUCGACGGUUCCCCAAUUACGCCACAGGCACCACACAUACAGCCAGCGUACUACGCGGCUAUCAUCGCCGCAGAGGCUAUCGGGUCAUCUGGGACUGCACAGGCAGUCGAAAUUACCAUCGACGAGAAUGAUGUGUCAGGCUAUGCAAUUUUUGAGCAUGGUACUCUCUCAAAAGCUGUCUUCAUAAACACAAUCGCGUACUUUGCCGGUGCCGGUGCAAGGAACUCGACUCACAUUGAUUUGUGUUUCACGGGUUCCGGACAUGCUGCUAAGAAGAUGAGCGUAAAGACGCUGAAAAUUGGGUAUGCCACCGAUACCAACAAUGUGACCUGGGGAGGUCAGACGUACGAGACUAGCGAUGGUAGAGUUAGCGGGCCGCUAACUGUUGAUGUCUUACCUGUCAGCUCUGGGAUAGACUUGCAAGAGACGGAAGCAAUCCUCGUUACGUUUCUUUGACGUGGAUGGUUUAACAUGCGACAGUAAUUCUACUUAAUAGUACACAGUCACCAGAACACUUGAUCAGUAAGCUUUGAACACCCUGGAAAUUGAU